AUGGCAGUUUCGUACAGUGUCACAAAGGGUCGAGCUCGCAAAGUGUCGUUCGGAAUGAAAUCUCGAGCCAUCCUGUUCGCGGAUGUGCGUGUCGCCGUUCCGAUCCAGACUGAAUCCGCCCUGGUCACAUUCCACCUUAUCUUCCUCGCCAACCUCGCCGAACACCGCGACCCGAGCCGGGCUCGCCACUGCACUGGGACCGAGUCGUCACUCGAGUCAAAAAACACGCCAGCAACAGCAGCGACUAAAUCCCGGGAGCGGUCGAUUUUUUAUUUCAGGAGUCUGAAAAGCGCCACCUGCGACGGCGGAGGCGGCGGCUAUGAUAGGACAUACGGCGGAAGGCAGCAGGCGCGCAGCUAUGCGCAACAGGCGGGGGGAGGGCGGCCGCGGACGCCAAUGGCGGUGCCGUUCCAGGUGACACCUGAGGAGGCCCGGGCUCUGUUGCGAGAGCACCUGACGGGGCACCUGCUGGCGCCCGCCAUUGCUGACGUGGACUCGUGUGUGGUCCUACUGCUGUGUUACAACUGUUCUGGACUUUUUCUGCUGAUGCCUCCCUCGCUCGCACCCUGUCGCAAGUGCGGUGCGGUGUAG